CAGCAGUAGAAGAAGAGCAAGCCGCUUUGUACACGGAAGCAGGAAUUAGCUGUCAUAGCCACAGCAGCUUGUUCUUCUUUAACCUACCACUCGGAUUUGUCAGCACGUUCUCUACCGUGACCACAAAGACAAAAGGGAACGUAUAGAUAUUAGUUGCUUUAGCCAGAGUGUCCUUGGAUAAAAUGAAGGCGUUUUUUCUGCUGUUGGCGGGUUUUAUGUUCUGUUACCUUGUACCAGGGGCACCAACAGGUGAAGUCACCCAACCGCCAAAUCAUCAUCAAAGUGCUUAUGUGACAGGAAGUCAAAGUAAGACCAACAGUCAGAAAACACGAGUUGGAACGGGGGCCAAUAACACACUAGACACCCCCAAUGUACCAACCAGUACAGAAGUCAGAAAUAAGAAAAAAACUGGAGAAGGCACAACUGAGAAUAAAACAGAAGAAGGUACAGUUAUGAAAAAAACUGAAGAAGGUACAGGUGAUAAACAACCUGUAGAAGGCACAACUGAGAAUAAAACAAAAGAAGGCACAACUGAGAAUAAAACAGAAGAAGGUACAGUUAAGAAAAAACCUGAAGAAGGUACAGGUGAUAAACAACCUGGAGAAGGCACAACUGAGAAUAAAACAGAAGAAGGUACAGCUGAAAAUAAAACAGAAGAAGGUAUAGCUGAGAAUAAAACAGAAGAAGGUACAGCUGAAAAACAACCUGAAGAAGGUACAGCUGAGAAACGACCUGGAGAAGGUGGAAAUAAAGAAACGGAACAAGUUAAUGUGCCUGAAAUGACGGAGGAAGCAGAGAGCAGUCAUUUCUUUGCCUACCUUGUCUGUGCAGCAGCGCUGGUCUCUGUGCUUUACAUCACUUACCACAACAAACGCAAGAUUAUUGCAUUUGUUCUGGAAGGAAAGAGAGCUAAAUCUACACGUCACCAUCGAUCUGCGGAAUACCAGAAGUUAGAACAGCAGAUGUGAUAGGAAAUGGACCAACGACAUCCUUGUUCCCUGAUUGCACUGUGGGAUUUGUGUGAAGUGGGUGUUAGAUCUAAUUUACGGUGUACUCCUGGUCCAAUCCAGUCUGUUAAACAGACACAUCUGACCAUUUUUUUAUGCUUAUUGCAUGACUAUGCACAUGACAUUGUUGCCUUACUAGGGGGCUUGGCAGAGUGCAAAGAAGGUAAAAAAAAAGAUAAGCAUGUUGUUUUUGCACUUUUGCAUCACUAUUCUAGUUUUAGGAAAUUCUGUAGUUGGGCACUGAGGACAUUCUGUAGCAGUUUAAAAAAUGAAAACAAAUAGCAGUUUGGGUUUCAGCCUUGUUCAUGCAGUGCAUUAGUGAGUGCAAUUUGCAGUUGAAUAAGCCAUUUGACUGUGUUAAUUAUUGGAAGCUUCAAGUUCUGCAAUUUUAAAGUAGAUUUUGUGGCACAGAAGAUUUUUCUUCUUACAAUCCAACAGUUUUGUCCACAUGAAUGUAAUAGUGUCAUUUAUUUUCAGAACGAGGAAAGGAUCAACAUGUCCUCACAGUAAAAUAAAAAGUCCUGUUGUGUGAUCUAAUACACAGGUACAGUGGGGAUUAUUUGAAGCUUCACUGCCUGCAGCCUCAGCUUUACUCUCCGCUAGAAAGAGCAGAGUUGAUCUCAUCUCAUUCUUCACUGCAGGACCAUCAACAGGCUGAGUUUUUAUUGAAAAAUGACUGAUCGUAUUGAAGUUUGUUUUUUUUCACCCCCAAAGAGAAAAUCUGGCAAACAGCUGCACUGUCUUCAACUGUAGAAAAAUAUGACUGUGGGGAAAUAGGUUGACCACUAAUUCAUUAUAUUUAAACUUCCUCUCGAGUAAAUGUGUGUUGAUGUGUGAUGCUGAAUUGUGCCAAAUAGUGAACGAUCUAUUGUGAUUCCUGGGUUUUGCCUGUUCCCUAAAUUAAUCCUAUAUUUUUUCUAGGCCGUGAUCUGUGUAAAGUCUUUUCCCUGGAGAGAAAAACAGCGUAAAUCUGUUGUUUCUUGGCAGAGUCUUAAUCUGAUUUUUUAAAGGAUCUAUAUUUUUGAGAAAAUUAUUCGUUUUGAACACAUUGUUCUUUUCUCACUUUCAAUAUGUACCAGAAGGAGAUAGGAUUUGUGGACAAUUUAAGAUGUGCAUUUCAUUUUGUCAGAAUUUCCUCUCCAUAAACAAUAAGAUGUCCUUAAAGUUUUCACCACUGAAGAAAUGAUGAAUGAUUCCAAAAUAAAAGCUUCUUUUGUA